AGUCUACGUUUGUUUUGAGUUAGAUUGUAACUACGUUUUCACGUAUAUGCAAGUAAGCAACACGUAAACAACAAAGUGAGUAAGUUUCCUGAAACUUGGCUACAACUUGAACAAAGUAUUCAAGUGUUCACGCAAUCCCAAAUACAUGGAUGGCAAUUGUUGCGUGGAGAGAACAGUCAAUUUCGGUUACAUUGGUGCAACAGCCGAGAAUCGAAUCCGACUUCGAUCAUCCGGCACAGUAAAACGAUGGCAACGACGAACAACUACCGCAGUUGAAUAGCAC